AGUGCUAAGAGGGAAGGCUGCAGACAAGUGUGGGCUGGGUUACACUGGCACUUAAAAAGAAGCUCGCUUUGGUCUCCAGUGCAUUUCACCCGCAGCCGGGCUGGGAGGCUAAGGAAGGAACAGUGAGGGAGUGGAUGAGACAACAGCUUCAGGGGGAAGGUGUCCUCUCACUUCAUUGGAGCAAGCGUAUUUUUAGCCCGUCCUCCAAACUAUCCCACUUUACAGCUUUUUCUUCCACUCUGUCUUUGGUGGAAGCUAGCCAUGGGCACUGGUGUGGACAGGUUUCUGUGGUCAGUGCUGCUGCUGCUGCCAAUCGUAGGGUUCUCCGAGGCUCUGCCAAAUGAGUGGCUCCCAGGGCCAUAUGAAAACAACACCAGUGGUGCUUUAAUGUUUCUCACUGCGUACAACAGCACUGCUGAGGAAGUGCUCUUCAAAAGUGUUUCUGCCAGCUGGACUUACAACACCAACAUCACGGAUCACAACUCCAAGCUUCAGGUAAAUGCAUCCCUUGAAGAACAGGCCUUUGCUGAAGCCUGGGGGACGACGGCCAAGGAGGUCUUCUCUCAGGAGGUUCUCAACUCUCUCGACCCGAGCGACAAGAAACUGAUGGAAAAGAUUAUGAUUCUGGGCGCUGCCAACCUCCCCCAGCAAGAGAGAGAGGAGUAUAACACCAUUCUCAGCACCAUGGACAAUAUUUAUUCAACAGCUAAGGUGCACCCACAGCCAAACGUGAGCUGGAGCCUCGAACCUGAGCUCACAAACAUCAUGGCCAACUCCAGGAGCUACAAGAAGCUGCUGUACGCGUGGGAGGGCUGGCACAAUGCAUCAGGUGUGCCUCUCAAGGAGCUUUAUCCCCAGUUUGUGCAGCUAAGCAACAAAGCCUCUCAAGCUGACGGAUUUGCCGACACUGGAGAGGAGUGGCGCUCUUGGUACGAGUCGCCAACCUUUGAGCAGGAUAUCGACAAACUGUACAGGACCAUCGAGCCGCUCUACCUGAACCUGCACGCCUUUGUGCGGCGCCAGCUUUACAAGAAGUACGGUCCCAAGUACAUCAACCUUAAAGGACCAAUCCCUGCCCAUCUGCUAGGAAAUAUGUGGGCCCAGACCUGGAACAACAUUUACGAUAUGAUGAUCCCAUUUCCUGACAAACCCAACAUGGAUGUGACCGAAGAAAUGGUCAGACAAGGAUAUAACGCCACACACAUGUUCCGUGUGGCUGAGGAGUUCUUCACCUCUCUGGGUUUAGAGGAGAUGCCUCAGGAGUUCUGGGACAAAUCCAUGCUGGUUAAGCCUGAAGGUCGAGAGGUGGUGUGCCAUGCAUCCGCCUGGGACUUUUACAACCGCAAAGACUUCAGGAUAAAGCAGUGUACCACGGUGACGAUGGAGCAGCUCUUCACGGUGCACCAUGAGAUGGGCCACAUCCAGUACUACCUCCAGUACAAGGACCAGCCUGUGGGCUACCGCCGUGGAGCCAACCCCGGGUUUCACGAGGCUAUUGGCGACGUUCUGUCUCUUUCUGUUUCCACACCUAAGCAUCUAAAAACCAUUAAUCUGCUGGAAACUGCAACCUCUGACCCUGAAACUGAUACCAACUACCUGCUGAAGAUGGCUCUGGAGAAGAUAGCCUUCCUCCCCUUCGGCUACCUCAUCGACCUCUGGAGAUGGGGCGUGUUUAGCGGACGCACCCCUCCUGAGAUGUACAACUCUGACUGGUGGUACCUCAGGACAAAAUAUCAAGGCAUCUGCCCACCCACCGGACGUACGGAGGAUCACUUUGAUGCUGGUGCGAAAUUCCACAUCCCAGGAAACACACCGUACAUCAGGUAUUUUGUCAGCUUCAUCCUGCAGUUCCAGCUUCAUGAAAAACUGUGCGCGGCAGCCAAACACACCGGUCCCUUGUACACGUGUGACAUUUACCGCUCUGCAGAAGCGGGAGCCAUUUUAAAGAAGAUCCUUCAGGCUGGCUCUUCCAAACCUUGGCCCGAAGUGCUCCAGGAGGCUAUUGGCGUCAAUAAGCUAGAUGCCAGUUCACUAAUGGAAUACUUUAAACCUAUUAUUACGUGGCUGGAAACGCAAAAUAAGGGCGAGACCCUGGGAUGGCCUGACUUUAACUGGGUGCCACCCAUCCCUGAAGGCUACCCUGACGAUAUUGACAAGAAUACAGACGAGAUCGAUGCAAUGACGUUGCUGGAUGAGUACAACAGCACCGCUGAGGGGGUGUGGAACGCCUACACCGAGGCCUCCUGGAAGUACAACACUGACAUCAACGAAACCAACAAGCAGGACAUGCUUGACAAGAACCUGGAGAUGUCAGCCCACACCCUGGAGUAUGGACUGAAGGCCCGUCAGUACGACACCACGGACUUCCAGGACCCUUCGGUCAAACGCAUCAUCAAAAAGCUCAGCGACAUUGAGAGGGCAGCCCUGCCCUCUGCAGAACUGGAGGAGGUGAUCAAACAGUGCACAGUUGUGACUAUGGACGACCUGGUCACGGUGCACCAUGAGAUGGGCCACGUCCAGUACUUCCUGCAGUACAAAGACCAGCCUGUGUCUUUCCGCGAUGGAGCCAACCCUGGCUUCCAUGAGGCCAUCGGCGAUGUACUGGCUCUGUCUGUGGCUACACCCAAACAUCUACAGAGCAUCGGCCUCCUGGACAAAGUUGAGAACAACCCUGAGAGUGAUAUCAACUUCCUGAUGAGCAUGGCACUUGACAAGAUCGCCUUCCUGCCUUUCGGCUACCUGAUGGACCAGUGGAGGUGGAAGGUAUUUGAUGGACGCAUCCCAUCGACUGAGUAUAACAAAGAAUGGUGGAACCUCAGAAUGAAGUACCAGGGACUGUGUCCGCCUGUAGCCCGCACUGAGGAUGACUUCGACCCAGGUGCAAAGUUCCACAUCCCUGCUAAUGUGCCCUAUGUCAGGUACUUUGUUAGCUUCGUCAUCCAGUUCCAGUUCCACAAGGCUCUGUGUGAAGCUGCUAAACAUACUGGGCCUUUGCAUACCUGCGAUAUCUACCAAUCUAAGGAGGCUGGGAAGCUGAUGGGUGAUGUGAUGAAGCUGGGCUUCAGUAAACCGUGGCCUGAGGCGAUGGCCAUGAUCACCGGCCAGCCCAGUAUGAGUGCCCAACCACUCAUGGAGUAUUUCCAACCUCUCAUUGAUUGGCUGGAGAAAGAGAACGACAAGAACCACGAUGUUCGUGGAUGGCCCGACUACGACUGGAAACCGUCAACGGUUGACACCAGUGAGAGCACCUCAGUGGACUUCCUGGGUAUGAAUGUGGACAGUGCAGCUGCCGUAGCUGGACAGUGGGUCCUGCUGGUCAUCGGCCUGGUCCUCCUGCUGGCGACCAUCUUUCUUGGGUACAAGUACAGCAAGUCAAGAAAGCCGGAAAAGUCUUUAUCCACGAUGGAGCUCAAGCAAAAAGACUAGGCAUCGGUGACGGCUGAAGGGCUAAAGUAAGGCCUGACUUACUGUAGCUAGCACAUUAUCAACCUCAAUGUGAACAUCAGUGUUUUUGUGUACCGCAGUACAUCCAAAUAAAUUUGCUCCUGUUUUUUGGUCUUCCUCCCUUUGUAGUCUUGUAUAUUUAUUGUAUACACUCAAAUUAUUUUUUUGCCUAUGCAAAAGAACAUAACAAUUUUGUAAUUUAUUUGUAAUAUUUGAAUGUUUAGGGAGGAUAUGUUUUUAAAAAGAUUGUUUGUAAAGUCAUUCAUCAUGUACACAUUUUUGAAUAUUUGAUUUGUUUUUCUUUGUUAAAUCCUCUGCAUUUCUAUAAUAAAGACAUUAAAUAUUUA